AUGGAAAGUAAUCUACUAGCAAGCUUUCAAGAAAAUAUAGGACCAGUACUAUACAUCGAAUACCAAGAUCCUGGUGGAGAAGCUCCAUUAGAGUCCCUCCCAGAUGAGCACUCAGAAAAUAAACCUCCACAAGAAGAUACGUUACCUACCAACAAUCAGGCAAAUGCUGAUGAAUUGCCUCCUCAGGUCUACAGAGAGGGUUCAAAAAAGCAUCUAAAAGUAAGCCAUUCACGUAGUAAACAUCUAGGAAGAUGGUCACGUAGAAGAGCCCAACAGCUGGCAAGUCUUGGUGAAGAUGAAGGACCCUUUGCAGAAAGAAGUAUCCGCAGAGGUUUCAUCAGGAAAAUAUAUCUCAUAUUGUCAGUUCAGUUAGGAAUCACUCUUGGUAUAAUUUGCUUAUUCAUCUACUGGAGAUUUCUUAAAAUUUGGGUACGAAGACGUCCAUGGUUCUGCUAUUCUCUUUUACCAGUAAUCUUAAUUCUGGCUAUUACUCUUGCCUGCUGUGAUGAUGCCCGCAGAACAGCCCCACUGAAUUAUAUUUUGUUGUUAAUAUUUACAUUUGUUGAGGGUAUGCUGCUUGGAUCACUUGCAGGUUUCUUUGAUGCUAAUGGGAUCAUGUGGGCUGUUGGUGGCACAGCAUUUGUGACAUUGGGGCUUUCUCUCUUUGCUCUUCAAACAAAAUGGGACCUCACUAUCACAUCUGGAGUCCUGCUGGCUAUGUUUUUUGUGUUUAUUGCUUUUGGAAUACUUUGUGGUAUCAUACGAUCCCAGUUGAUGUCGUUAUUAUAUGCUGCAAUUGGAGCACUACUUUUUGCCAUCUAUUUGGUGGUGGAUACUCAAUUAAUGCUGGGAAGAAACCAUCACUACAGACUGAAUCCUGAGGAGUAUAUUUUUGCAGUACUGAAUGUAUACAUCGACAUUAUCAAUAUGUGUUUGUUCAUACUACAAUUUGUUGGUUUUGUGAAGUAAGAAUAAUAAUACAUGUAGGCUGAGAUAGGGCAGAAAUAGCCAGAGAAUUUCCAGAAAAUAAGAAGUUUUAGAACAUUAUGAACCACCUGGAGGAAACAACUAGGGUCAGUCCAGUGUCACUAUGUAAUGUUU